AUGGUGAAAUACGAACUGCUCAUGGUUGAUUGCCGGACGAAUCUAACGUGCAAGGAAAACCGGAUCCUGGGCAGCUUGACCCAAGGUUCCACGGCGGAAGUUCGCUCUCAUCAGGCGGACGGCGAUCUUCUUGAUUCAUUAGGAGUGAAAAGAGUCGUCGAUCGCACAGACAAGCAAAAGUACCUCUCGGACAUUCUUUCGUGCUCUUUGAUCGUAUAUGAUCUGCACAGUGCCGAUCUCAACGAUGUGGAGACUCUGAUCAAGGAGCUGAAGGUUGCUGAGCUGGGCCAUGAGACAACUUUUGUGCUGAUCUCAUCUGUAAUGGCAUGGGCAAACACUCGAAAACAGUAUGUUCCUUUGGCGAGUCCCGAAGAUGAAGAGGAAGGUGUGGAUGCCGAAGUAGAGGAAGUGGAAGUCAAGAAGCGUCCAAAAGAGCUGACAGAUGCAGACCUGGAGCGGCGGGUGCCUACGGCUGCCUACGAGGCUUGGAAGUACUUGGAGACGUUGGUGCUUUCACUGAGUUCCAAAGCCAAGCUUCGACCACACGUCAUUGGUGCUGGAAUCUUGUAUGGAAACGGUGAAACCGUUUUCAACGAACUGUUCAAAGCUGCCUGGUUGACGCAGCCCGUGCACAAGAUCAUUGCACCAGGAGACAACUACAUUCCUUGUGUACACGUGCGGGACGUUGCUCGGCUGGUUCGCGUGGUCGUCUCCGACGCAUCUCUGGGCUCGUACCUGCUGGCCGUCGACCAUUCGCGACUGACGCAAGCAGGAAUCAUUCAGGGAAUCAUCUCCCAGAUGUCACACAGUCGAGAUGUGCCGGUUUGUCCAGCAGAAGAUGUCGAUUCCGAAUUCAAAGAGGUCAUGUCGCUCGAUCUAAUUCUCGAGCCUUCUGCUCCUCUCAAGGACCCCACUUUUGGUUGGUGGUGCCGCGACGGGAUGAUCGCCAAUAUAGAGAAGGUGGCUGCAGAGUUCUGCAAGUGGCGAAACCUGCGACCAAUCAAGAUGGUUGUUGUUGGCCCACCUGGAUGCGGGGCUGAGCGCCUUUGCGCCCGCGUUGCCAAGCACUAUUUGCACGAGGAGCCGCCGCAUCUCACGUACCAGCAGAUCAUUGACGACGCAUGCGCGGCACCAACCAAAGCAGCCCGCAAGCUUCGGAGAAAGGUGCAGAAGCUUGCGGCCGAUCCAAGCAAGAAGCUUCCACUGCAGAUAAGGACCAAGUUGGUGCAAAGCCGCCUCCUGUCGAACGUGUGUCGCUACCGCGGCUAUGUUCUUGAAGGCUACCCAACGACGUAUGCUGAAGCUGAGGCGCUCUUUCUGGAGCAAGUCAAAGAGGGCGAAGAGGAGGAGGAAGAGGCAGUCGAGGAAGCUGACGAUGGCGAUGAGGAUGUGGAGGAAGAAGAAGAGGAGGAAGAGGAAAACGCGGAGUCUGCGCCCAAAGAGGAGGAUGAGGACGAAGAAGCCGAGAGGCCCAAAUUUAAAGUCGCAGAAGGUGUGGUUCCAGAAUAUGGCGUUCUGAUACGAUCUUCAGAGCUACGAUGCAAAGCAAGGAUAUUCGACGGUGAUGCCAAAGGCCCAGCUUCCGAAGAGGACUUCAACCGGGAAACGGCAGAAUAUCGCACUGCGAACCUUGCAGAGGACGGAACUCCGAGUACUGCAGAGUUCUUUCUGGAGCAAUGUGGACUGUCAAUGUUGCCCAUUGAUGUGGACAACUGCAGCGAGGAAGAGGCUUUCCAGGCCGUUCGUAUUCACAUGGAGUCCAAGGGUCAGUUUUUCAACUAUUUGAGGUCCGAGGAAGAUCUCAUGCGCGAAGAGCAGGAACAACAGGCGAGGCUCGAGGAGGAGAAAGACGAGCAAAAAGCACGAGAAAAGCAGGAGCUGGUGCAGAAGGAGGCUGCAUUGCGCGAACAACGCGCUGAUGAAGAAGAGUCGCGGCGCAGGGUCAUCGCGCGCAACGAGGCUGCACACUUGGAGGCGGAGGCACGGAUGUUGGUUUUUGAUUUCACCAGUUUUCAUGCUGAGCUAGUGGCCAGUGAUGCAGAGCACAAAAAUGCAUGCAAAGCGAAGAACUUCGCCAACAAUGAGAGCCAGAAGCAGAUGCUGCUGAUGCUGCAGGCGAGUGCAGCCCUUCAGACCUUCUGCAAUUCGCUUAUUCACUCCGAUGUUUCUACGCUUCUUCUGGAAGUGUGUGAGUGGGAUGCGCACAGUUUCACCCAGUGGUCAAUGUAUCAGAGAGCCGCAGAAUCACUCUUGGACUUGUUGGCCAUGCCUGCGGUGUGUGCUCUUGCAGAUGCCUACGGACGGCGACCUUUGCUUCUGCUCACCGGACCUUUUGAACUCUGUGGCUGGUCUCUGCUUGGGGCGCUGGUACCUCGAACUCUCACUGCCAAGCCUCUCAUCGCUUUCAUGAAGGCUUUCUCAUCGGUCACAAACACGGCAUUUCUCACCGUCAGCAGCUCUGCUCAGUUUGACUUGCUCGAAAACCAACCGAAGGCGUUGGCGGAGGCCCUCGCUGCCGGCCAGUCCUACGUCGGCCUCGCCGUCGUCUUGGCUCCCUUGCUGUCGCUUCCUCUUCGGAGGAGCCUGGGAGCGCAGGCGCCCUUCUGGGUUUCUGGUGCGGUGAGCGGCCUGGUUUUGGGUGCCCUUUUGCUCCGAGUGCCAGAGACCCUAAGGCCCCCGCCCCCGCCCCAGCAAACUUCUGGUGGCCGCCGCAGAGCCAUCGAGCUUCGCAAGCUGAAUCCGCUUGGAUCGGCAACGCUCCUGUUUCGGCAGGGCUCUAAUGUGGCCCGGCUGGCCAUGAUGUAUUCGAUCCAAUCCGUGACACGGUGUGUGGAUGCUUACUUGCACACCUUCAUGGAGCUACGACUUGGCUGGGGGCACACCCAGAUGUCCAAGCUUCUCAGCUUUUGGGGCUUUUGUGUUUUUGUCGGUAGUAGUCUACUUCGAAAGGCUUUGAAGCAUUUUUCAGCUCGAAGCAUUGUGCUUGCCGGCACUCUCUUCAGUGCAGCCGACCUUUUUUUGCGAGGGCUAACGCAUCGUUGGUGGCACCUGCCAGCGGCGCUCGUCUUGGGGCUUCCGGGAAUUUCUAUCGAGUCUGCCAUGAGAGCAAUGUUAACAAAUGCCGUGAGAGACCAGUGUGGAGCGGCCCUGGGGACUGCGGAGACCCAGGCAGCGCUGAAGAUGCAGCAAACGCUGACAUGUGCUCUGAUAGGCUCACCACUCAUCGGCCAAGCAUUCGCCUCGUGGCUGCGUCGGCCGAGAGUCAGCAGCGGCUUUGUCGCAACACACUACGUGAUGGCAAGCCUUUGCAGUCUUCUGGCGCAUGUCUUGCUCCAGUCUUAUGUGCCUGCAUAA